UGAAAGGAUACGAUUUAUAUUUACUGACUCAUAUUACUUAUUUCAAUUACUAUAUUGUCCAUUACAAAUACUACUAUUCUUAUUCUUAUUAUUAUAAAUGACGGACUAACACUAUAGAGAAAUCCGGCAUAGUAAUCAUUUUCCAUUUUACCUAACGUAAUCUCUCUCUUUCUCUCUCGAUAUAUAUACAUAUAUGCAUAUACAUAUGAUUGAUUUUGUGUAAUCCAUUCAUUCAUUGGAAAUCCUUAUUUAAUGCUUCAAAUUAAUAAAUACUACUCACAAGUAUUUAAGUAUCCAUGUAUAAUGUCAUAAUCAUCUAGUAAAAGAAUUGAAUGGAUAAUUCAAGAAAUCUUUUAUGUGAAUUAUUCUAUAAACAUUUAAAUGAUCCAAAUAAACAUUCAUUAUGUAAUAAAUUGAUUAUGGAUGAAUUAAUUACAACAGGAAAAUUAUUAACACAAUUACAUACAGAAUAUAAUCAAAUACAACAAGUUACAAUGUUCAAUUAUUUGUAUCAAUCACUAUUAUCAAUCAAUUUCAUGGAUUUCAAUGAUCAUCAAAUGAAUUCAGAUCUAUUAAAUAAAUUUUUCAAUGAUUUACAAAUGAUUCAAUCAUCAUUUCAUUGUUACAAUGAUAAAUCAUGUAUUCAAUUAUUAUUAUUAUACUAUAUUCAUAUCAUUCAAUUAUAUCAAGAUCAUAUAAAUAAUAAUAAUAUGCAUAAACAUAAUGAUGAUCAUUAUAAUUUAGAACAAGCUGAAGAUUUACGUGUUAUUGUGAAUAAAAAUCAUGAUAUAUCAUCAAUUGAUUUAUUAGGAUUAUCAUUAUCUUUGCCAUCGUCAUCGUCGUCAUCAUCAUCGUCGACGUUGUCGUCGUCGUUGUCAUCGUCGUCUUCACCAUUAUCAUCAUUGCCAAUAAUAUCAUCUUCAAAACUGGAUAAUGAUGGUGAUGAUAAUCAUGAUAAUAAUAAUUCAAUUCAUUUCACAUCAAUACCAUCAUUCAUAUCAUCUGAUAAUUAUACAAUGCAUUAUUCUAUUCAACCACAACAACAACAACCUCAACAACAACAACAACCACAGCAACAAUUAAGAAAUACUCCAUUCACUUCAAUUCCUAUUCCUAUAAUGAAUGAAUUAUCAUCAUUUAUGACAAAUUCACAACAUACAUUCAUAAAUAAUAAUAAGGAUAAUUAUAAUAUACACCUAUUAUGUAAUAAUCAAGAUGUUCAUUAUUCAAUGAAUAAUCAAUUGAAUAAUAGUAAUGAAUUCAAUGAAAAUCGAAUUAAGAAAUUGAAUUGUUCAAAUAUUCAACAAUUGAAAAGUUAUACAAAAAAAUCUUUGAUUAAUAUGAUGCGAAAUAAAAUUGGAUCAAAUAAAUGUAUUCGAUCAUCUAGACGAUCAUCUACAGAUUAUAAAUCCCCGUUGGUACCAGAUCAAUAUCAAACAAAUCUGAGCCAAGAUAAUAAUAACAACUCAGAUAUGCUUAUGUCUCCAGAUUCUCCUCCCACGAGUUCCUCAUUAUUGUCGUCAUGUUUCUCCUUCUCACCGUCAUUAUCAUCAUCCUCAGCUUCAUCAUCAUCGUCUACAACUUCAUCUCCUAAAAGCUAUUUUCCAGUACAUGAUAAAUUACUCAAUCUAAAAUCUCGUUCCUUCUCUUUGAAACGAUCUCCUUUUAAAUUAUCACAAUUUUUAUAUUAUCUGCUUAAUAAAUCUGAAUAUAAUCCACAUUUGAUUUGUUGGGUAGAUAAAUCACAAAAUAUGUUUAAAUUAGUCAAUAGUGCAGCAGUUGCACAUUUAUGGGGUUUACAUAAGCAUAAACCAAAUAUGAAUUAUGAAACAAUGGGUAGAGCUCUUAGGUAUUAUUAUGCACAGAAUAUUUUACGAAAAGUCAAAGGACAACGUUUAGUUUAUCAGUUCUUAGAGGAUUUUCAUAAAACUAAACAUCCUAUUACUACUACUACUACAAUAUCUUUUACAUCAUCAUUCAUGACAACCACAAUUACAACAACAACUACAUCAAUAACAAAAACUAUACCAACACCUGUAACAAUCACAAACAGAACCAUAGUAACAGAAUUUCCAGAGAACAAUUCAAAACCCAAUAUAAUUACACUUCAUUAAUGUUCUAUAUUCCGGUUUUAUAACUUUAUCAUAUGUAUUUCCAAAAACAGAAAAUUGUUUCUAAUCAAAACUUUAGGCAUUUUAUUUAAUAACUACCACUACUACUAAUCAUACUACUACUACUACCACUACUACUACUACUACUACUACUACUGCUACUACUACUACCAAUCAUACUACAACCACUACUACUACUACUACUACUACUACUACUACUACUACUACUACUACUAUUACUAAUCAUACUACUAACUGAAAAUAUGAAUGAAAAUAACAAUCAUAAUGUCAAAGGUAAAACUGACUAUAAUUUCUACUAAAUGGUCAUUUGAUCAUUAAUUUGUUUAUGCUAAUAUUUCUACCCAUUCAAUUCCUUUUUUUAUUGUAAAUGUGCUUAUAAAUUACAUGACAAAUACAUUGAAAAAUAAACGAUAUUAAAUAUGUGAAUCCAUUUCUAAAGUAAAUUUAUUUAGAUUAUUAAGUAAUAUCUUUUGAUAUCCAUUAGAACAGGGUUCCAUAUUCUGGGUACAAGAAUAAAAGCAUAAGUGUGACUAUAAUACGAACACUUCACUUCUACUUGAAAUUAAUGCUGAUGAUGAUGUCGUUCAGAAGAACAAUGAAAGCUCUACGACCAAACCAUCCAGUUCAGAGAACAAAACUCCAUCAAAACGUGUGACUAUACGUUAUAACUUGUGAGCGCUGAUUAGAGAGCAGUGACUUAUCGAUCGGAUCAAUGACAUGUAAAACCGUAUGAGCAGUCUAUAGUCCUGAUUGGCCCUGUUUCCUGUCUAGCCCAGCCAGUGAAGUCCAGAAUAUCAAUCUCAGCCUCUACAAUAUGAAUCAUUAUAUUUCAAACAUACUCUGCUUAUAUACCAAUUAAACAGACCAAAUCGUACCAUAAAAUAGAAAAUAACACUUGUACAAGAUUUGGCCAACAGGAAAAUGACACGUUAAAUAACUAUUGAC